AAACAAACUGCAAAAGAUCGGACUUGCUGAUAGUGGAAUGUAACGUUCGUUUGUGCCAUAUAUGGCCAUGUUGACCCCAGAAGCCGUAGGACCUGGCACUUAGCACACCGCUGUGAAAAUGUAUGCCAACGGAUCUACUCCACGCAUUCGCAAGGAACGCAAAGUAUCUGUAGUCUUCCAGCAUCCCGAUGAUGGCAAGCACUGUGCUGGCGUAGAGGCGCUGCUAUUUCCCUCGGUGCCGAACCAUAAGCUGCUCUUCACAGCAUCGCGGGACUCCACUGUCAAAAGGUGGGAUGUGGCGGGUCCCGAGCCGGUUCUGGAGGCCAGCUUUGACGGCCAUGCGGACUGGGUGAACGACCUCGCGCUCAUAGGCGAUCUGCUUAUUACCUGCUCCAACGACCAGACCGUACGACUUUGGAAGGCAGGAUCAGAUAACGGUCAGCACCUGCACACGUUGUCGUACCACUCGGACUAUGUUACCUGCCUCGCCGCGGCCCCAUCUCGCGGCAUGGUGGUGUCAGCGGGGCUGCGGUCGGAGAUAUUCCUGCUUAGUAUCGAGACCGGCAAGCACAUGCAGCUCUACCCCCGCUCCCCCCAGCCCUCCCACUCCUCCGCCCCCGCCGCCGGCAGCCCUGCCUCCCACCAUCCCACCGGUCAGCCACCCCUCUCCGGAACCUCCUCCCUCGACCACCACCACCAACAAGACCUCAUGGGCAUCGGAAGCGGUGGCGCCGGUUUACCUUCCAUGGGCAACCACAACAACAUGCAUGGCAUGGGCAGCGGCGGCAGCAGCGGAGGAGGCGCCGUGAAGGGCGCUAUGGGUUCGGUUUCGGAGCCUCCGCAGCAGCAGCAACACCACCCGGGGUCUGUGUAUGCGCUGGCGUUGACACCCUCAGGCACCGUUGUGGCAGCGGGCACCAGUGAGGCGCUAAUUCGGCUGCUGGACCCGCGGAGUGGCAAGAAGAUAACCAAGCUAAGGGGGCACCAGGACACGGUUCGCGCGCUGCUGAUGAACAGCGACGGCACCACGCUGCUGAGCGGCGCAUCGGAUGGCACCAUCAAGCUGUGGGACGUGGGCAUGCAGCGAUGCGUGCAGACCUACAACGUCCACAGCGACUCGGUGUGGUCGCUGUUGUCCCCGGACGACUCCUUCUCAGUCAUCUACAGCGCAGGAAGAGACCGCGCCCUGUACCGCACGUACACGCACAGUCGUACGAGCGAGCUGUUGGCAGUUGAGAACGGUCCCGUACAGGCCAUGGCACUUGAGGUGGACGAGGCGGGAGACCCCACCAGCGGCAGCGUGGGCUUGUGGGUGGCUACGCCCGAGUCGCAUGUGCACAAGUGGGCGGUGCCGCGGGAGGCGGCUGGUGGGGCAGGCGCGGGUGCGGAGAGGGGCUUCUCGAUCGCCCGCCGCUCCCACGGCCUCACCGCCAACCUGCGCAAUCGCUCCGUGCACGAACCCAGUCGUCUGGCGCUCGCCAAGAGCCCGGUAGCAGUGGUGCCUGGCGUGCCGGGUAUCGUAGCUCACGAGGUGCUCGCGGAUCGGCGGCAUGUGCUGACAAAGGACAGUGCGGGGCUGGUGGCGUUGUGGGAUGUACUGCAGGGGGCGCAAGUGGCGUCGUACGGCAUGGUCGACCUGGCUGCGAAGGCCAAGGAAUUGUGGGAGGCCCGCUCCGUUCCCUCCUGGUUCACCUGCGACAACAAGCUGGGCUGUCUGGCCAUCACGCUGGAGCCGCCCUCCGCGUUCAUGGCGGAGGAGUACGCGGCUCAGCUGGACUACGCAAACGUGCCUGAUGAUUACAAGGUCAACUACGGCAAGUUGGUGCUGGACUGCGUCUUCGCCAAAUGGCGUUACAAGCUGGCGCAGAGCAUGGGGGCCUCCGCCUCUGCUGCCGCCUCCUCAUCAGGCCAUGCGGGCGCGGCUGCUUCCAUGUCCUUGCCGCCCUCCUCCUCCACUUCGAUACAAUCAGCAUCAGCAGCGCUGCCGCAGGGGCACCAGGGGAUAGCGGUCGGAGGGGGGCAAGGACUGCAUGGGAGUGGGGUUGGUACGGCAGAAGGAGGAGGAGGAGUGUCGUACUAUGGGGAGCUCUGGCCCAAGUACUGGCAGUGCCGGGCGCUGCCUGCGGUCAUCUGCUCGCGUCACGACGGGCAGCGCUGGCGACGGUUGAUCUCCUCCUUCGACGGCUCCGAAACCGAACCCGUAGAGGUGCCAACCUGGGUGGGAGAUGUCGUACUUCGCAACACCAGCGUCACGCCCAAGGAGGCCAAAUGCGCCUUUAUACUGCUGCCGGCUGAGGGCUCCAACCUGCCAAGCCUCAUGCAGAGCAAGCUCAACGCGCCACGCAUCUUGCAGAUCCAUAAGGUCGCACACUACUGCUGCAGUAAGCUGCAGGAACAGAACGUGCAGUUGGAGGUUCGGCCUUUCUACCUAAGGCGGCCGCCGUACGCCCCUCCCGAGCCCCCCAGCGGAGGAGCAGGAGCAGGAGGUCGCGCGGCGCUGGAGUUGACGUGCAACGGCGUGGCUGUGCCGUACGAAAUGAGUUUGGCAACCGUCAAGAAGUACAUUUGGAAGAAGUCGGACGACCUUGUGUUCCAUUACCGGAUCCGCGACCCAACCCGCCCGGCGCCGCCGCCUGCAUUGAGUGCCGGGGGCUAGCGAGGAGCAGGAGGCGGGCCGCCGUACGGAUGCCUACAGCCGCCGUACGGAUGCCUUCAGCCGCCGUACGGAUGCCUACAGCCGCCGUACGGAUGCCUACAGCCGCCGUACGGAUGCCUUCAGCCGCCGUACGGAUGCCAGAACCAGAGGGGCGGGGUGACAGGUGAAACCAGCGGAUGCGGCAAGGGGCACCAGGUGGGAGUGAGUAGUCGUCGCCCACGCCUGCGCCGCCUAGCCCCCUGCCCUUUCAGGUCCACAGGGUGAUAGAGCGGGCGGUGAACAUGCCUCGGGGGGUAGUAAAGCGGGAGGAGUGGAGCGGUGUGAAUGUGCACUUUCUAAUCCGGGGCUUUGCGGUGGGUCGGCUUGCUAAUGCAGCGGGAGCAGGAUGGUAGGGUACCCGCUGUAAUGUUGGUGCCAUAUCCAUAUCCGGUUAGUGGACAGCGAGCUAGGGUCCGGCUAGGGAACGCCUUGACCGAGUGGUGUAAGCCGCUGUCUGGCAGUGGGAGAUGGCUUAGAGGACCGCUGUCUGGCAGUGGGAUAUGGCUUAGGAGCGAUGUCGCUUGGUUGACAUGCCAACCUGCGCAUGUGUGCAGGGUCCCUUACUGUAGCUGUACCGCUCCCGGGAUGCCGUGGUUGUGUAACGGACCCGGACGUGAAACCGGCGGUGGUGAUGUAGGGCUGUACCGGUUGGGGUAAAGUAAGAGCGAAGAAUGCCCUGCCAUGUCGCGGCAAUAAUGUGUCCCAAGCAUCACCUAAUGCGGGGGCAACGAACUCAUCAGGAGCUUGCCUGGGAGGUGGUGUCGCCCACCCCACUACAACUCCC